AUAUAUAGUCCAGUUUGGGUUACAUGAGACUCUGUCUCAAAAAAAGGUGAACUUUUUGAUGUAGAUAUUCUCUCUAUAAUUUUGUUUGUAAUAAGUUACACACGUUUGGUAUUCAGCCCAAUUUCUGGGUACCCAGUUCCUAAAGUCCUUGGAAUCUCCAAAGUGAUAAAUGUCUUUUUGUAUUGCUAAUGAUGACUGCUGGCUGGGGGUUCCAGAAUAGCUUCCGGAUGGGGGUUGGUUGCCAGGGGAACCAAAUUGAGAUUUGAAGUGCUUCAGGAAGUAUUAUUUGUUUAUUGUCUAGUACAUUUAAGAUACUUGAUAAUCCUGGAGAGGGACAUCUGUUAUACCAAGUCUAAUCUUUUAGUGCCUCCCAACAAACAUUCUACUUGCUAGCUUCUUGCAUCUUUGGAGGUCCACAGCUAGUCAUCCCACAUUCCUUAAGGUUCAGUUUAAGCCUUUGCAAUUCUUCCUUCUCAGUGUCUUACAAAGCCUUCCUUAGUCAUUCCAGUCUGUACCACUUGUCUGAACAUUUAUCAGUUUGCCAAUUGAUCUCAUUAUCUAAUCAGUCACUGAGUUUAAGCAGCCAAAUUGUUGUUAUAUACACUAACAUAUUACUUUGAAUCUGUAUCAGAUUUUCACUGACUAUUGCCCCGUGCCAGACAGGAAGACUUACUUCAUGAUGCCACUUAAGCAGCCCAAGUACCCAAUAAUCCAAGAGCUCCAGGUGUGCUAGAAGCGUCUUGUGACCAAAGUCAUGCGAAGGCUGUAAAGAUCCCUCAGAAAAACAAUUCUAUAAAUCAUGGAAAGCAAUCACUCUUUUCCAUAAUGACUUCUUCAGGGUCUAAAUACUUUGAGAAAACAAAUAUUCAUUCAGAUGUUUACCUGAGAUGCCGUGAAAAAAACUAUUUCAUUCUAAUAUUCACCCUAAAUACAGUGAUGGCUAGAUUCCCACAACAGUUGACAUACCAACUAUUCCACAAGUGCAUCCUUUUUGAUUGUGGUGUGGAGGUAGGGUGGGGUGUGGGGUGGUGGUCAACAGAAGCCUCACACAUGCUAGCUAGGCAAGUGCUCUACCACAGAGUCAUCUCUGUAGCCUGCUUUAUUGAAUGUCUAAGAGGUGCUUUACCUAGCUGAAAAGACCGAUUCUUUCAAAAAAGAAUUCGUACCUGGGAUUGGUGGCACAGGCUUGUAACCACAGCAUUUGGGGAGGUUGAAGCCUUCAGGAGAAUAAUUAGUUUAAGGUUAGCCUGAGCUACAUAGUAAAUUUCAGUUAACCUUGGGCUACAGAGGAGACUCUCAAGAAGGACUUGGGUGCUAGAUGAGUGAAUCAUGAAAGGAAACAAUGUAUUUUGGGCUAUCCUUAGCUACUAAGAUGACUUAGCAGAAGAGAGCUACCCCUUCACAAGCCUUACAAUCAAGGCAGUAAGAGUUUUAAGAACUAAUAGAGCCACAUGGAUCACCUUAAGAUUCUUCCGUCUUCUACUGUUUCCUAGUAACUAGCCUAAAAGGACCCACCUCUUGCUGGAGCUUAAGGCUUCCUCUUUGUUGCGCAUUUGAAUGAGGUAGAGUGCCUAUGGGAGGUAGACCUUAAAACUACAGGCUGGCUUUUAUCAGAAGGGUGGUUCAACAAUAGCGUGGAAGCUCCAAACUUCUGCUUAGUCACCAGGAAAAUGGGAUUAAAAGGGUGGGGCUGGAACAGCUCAUCGAUACGGUCUCAGCAUUGGUCCCCAUCGCUACAAAUUUUAAGAGAAGUUUCUCUCCCUCAUCCUUAAAUAUUCAUAAUUUCACAUGUGUUAUUGACAGGCAGGUGGAGAGAUGCUACACAUGCACUGUGGCCCAGGACUCUACACAGGAUGAAUUAUGUGGGUACAGGUGGUUUGAAACUGUCUUUCCUUCCCUUGAUGUCUGCAUUAGAAACAGUUGAGGGUGAGAGCUGAGGGCCAGCAGUCAGAUGGCGGCUCAUAGCCUUACGCAGUCCUUCCGAAGGAUUUCAUGCAGACAAGAAAGCGAAGGGAGAAGACAGAAGGAGGGGGAGACCUGGUGCUAUUUGUCCCGCCAUCCUUGACACAAUUCCUUUACUCACUCCCCUCCCCAGUGCUGCCAAUAAUCACCGAUUCUGACUAAUCCUGCACAAAAGUAGAAAAUUCCCAGGGGAUCUAUGGUCAGGAAGCUUCUUAUUGUCCUCUGACCACCAGAGAGGCAAAUGGGAAAAGGCUAUCCUCCCCCCUUUCUCGUUCCCCGCCAUGCCCUGCUUGCUGUUUUUGGUUGGGAAGCAGUCUCAGGCUUGCAAAGCCAAGUGAGUGUGUGUGUGUGUGUGUGUGUGUGUGUGUGUGUGUGUGUGUGUGUGUGUGUGUACACAAGCCCGCGCGUGGGUAUGUAUAUUGUGUUGUGUGUUAUGUGUAGGGAGAGGGCUUGGAGGUGGGAUCCCAUGACGUUACUGGCUCCUCCUCCCAGUGAAUAUAAGGGGCGCUUGGCGCGCAACGACCCUAAGCAGCAGCAUUGAAGCCUGAGCAGCUCAAGUCUGCAGACCCAACCCAACUCUGAAGUCAGCUUCACUGAACCAAAUCUGAGAAUCUUCGCCCUCUGGGCUUGCCACAGCUCUCUGCCAGAAUGCGGUGGCAGGCACUUAGAAGAUUUGGUCAAAAGCUGGUGCGGAGACGUGCGUUGGAGCCAGGCAUGGGCGAGACUCGCCUUGCCAGAUGCCUAAGCACCCUCGACUUAGUGGCCCUGGGUGUGGGCAGCACCUUGGGUGCAGGUGUGUAUGUCCUGGCUGGUGAGGUGGCCAAAGAUAAAGCAGGACCAUCCAUUGUGAUCUGCUUUUUGGUGGCUGCUCUGUCUUCGGUGUUGGCUGGACUGUGCUAUGCUGAGUUUGGCGCCCGGGUCCCUGGCUCUGGUUCUGCCUAUCUCUACAGUUAUGUCACGGUCGGUGAACUCUGGGCCUUCACUACCGGCUGGAACCUCAUCCUCUCCUACGUCAUUGGUACAGCCAGUGUGGCCCGGGCUUGGAGCUCUGCUUUUGACAAUCUGAUUGGGAACCACAUCUCUGAGACUCUGAAGGGGACCAUCUCACUGCAUGUGCCCCAUGUUCUCGCAGAAUAUCCAGAUUUCUUUGCUAUGGCUCUUGUGUUGCUGCUCACUGGAUUGUUGGCCCUGGGGGCGAGUGAAUCGGCCCUGGUUACCAAAGUGUUCACAGGGGCCAACCUCUUGGUUCUCGGGUUUGUCAUCAUCUCUGGCUUCAUUAUGGGAGAUCUGAAAAACUGGAGGCUCACAAAAGAGGACUAUUGCUUGACCAUGGGUGGACUCAAUGACACUUGUAGCUUCGAGUCCAUGGGCUCUGGAGGUUUCAUGCCUUUUGGAUUGGAAGGGAUCCUCCGUGGCGCUGCUACCUGUUUCUAUGCCUUCGUUGGUUUUGACUGUAUUGCGACCACCGGGGAAGAGGCUCAGAAUCCCCAGCGCUCCAUCCCUAUGGGUAUUGUGAUCUCACUGUCCGUCUGCUUUCUGGCGUACUUUGGCGUGUCUGCGGCACUUACCCUCAUGAUGCCUUACUACAAGCUUCGGCCGGAGAGCCCUCUGCCCGAGGCAUUUUCCUACGUUGGCUGGGAUCCUGCCAGCUACCUUGUGGCUGUUGGCUCCCUCUGUGCUCUUUCCACUAGCCUUUUGGGCUCCAUGUUUCCGAUGCCCCGGGUGAUCUACGCGAUGGCAGAAGAUGGCCUCCUGUUCCGUGUCCUUGCUAAGGUCCACAAUGGCACACACACCCCCAUUGUGGCCACUGUGGUAUCUGGUGUUAUUGCAGCGUUCAUGGCAUUCCUCUUUGAACUCGCCGACCUUGUGGACCUCAUGUCAAUUGGGACUCUGCUUGCUUACUCCCUGGUGUCCAUUUGUGUUCUCAUUCUGAGAUACCAGCCUGACCAGGAAAUGAAGAAUGAUGAAGAGGAAGUGGAAUCGCAGGAGGAGAAGACACUUGAGGAAGAGAAGCUGACUGCCCAGGCUCUGUUUUGUCCAGUCAACUCCAUCCCUUCCCUCCUUUCUGGCCGAGUUGUCUAUGUCUGCGCCUCACUGCUUGCUGUACUACUGACUGCUCUUUGCCUGGUGCUGACCCGAUGGACAACUCCACUUAGUUCUGGAGACCCAGUGUGGAUCACAGUGGUUGUGCUGAUCCUGGGGCUCAUUCUUGGAACUGCUGGAGUCCUCUGGAGACAGCCACAGAACAACACUCCCCUUCACUUUAAGGUGCCUCUUCUGCCUCUACUCCCGCUGGUGAGCAUCUUUGUGAAUGUUUACCUGAUGAUGCAAAUGACAGUUGGCACUUGGGCCCGAUUUGGGAUCUGGAUGCUGAUUGGGUUUGGUAUCUACUUUGGCUAUGGGAUCCAGCACAGUGUGGAAGAAGUUAAGACUCAUCAAACCCUACCGAAAACAAGGACCCAAACUGUAGACCUUGAUCUCACUGCUUCCUGUGUUCACACCAUUUGACCUAAUCAUACCCGAGUGCUGUCUAGUCCCCCUACACAAUAAUGGAGAGCACUCUUGACCCCACAGAGAGCUGGGCCUCUCAUGUGGUACUAGUGGGGGAUACUCAAUAGAGCUCUAUUUAUUGUGGAACAAUGAACAUUUCUUUGCUGUUUCUCAUUUAUUUUUUAUUUACUUGUCUACUUUGGAAUUGUCCCUGUAGUUGCUAAAAUGUUAUUAAAGGAAAGCAGAAGAAAAAAAAA